GUACACAGGGCUGGACACAUACUGUCUCCUUGGACACUCACUUUCCCCACCCAGACCCACAAGCUCCCUUCCUGUUAAAGUUCCCUCCAGCCCCGCCCCCCAUGACCCCACCCACCGGGUGUGGGUGCAACCGGACAGACUGUGCAGGGGGCACCCAGGAAGGUCCGGUAGCCAAGACUCUGCCCGGUGGCCCGGCCCGGCUCGGCCCGGCUCGGCGGGAGAUGUUGGCCUGUAGCGUGGGGAGCUGCCUGCUGGCCGUGCUCAGCCUGGUGCUGCUCUGCACGGCUCUCUUCACCGACUACUGGCUCGUGGCCUUCGGCCCCAGUGACACGGCGCACAGCGGGCUCUGGCAGGAGUGCCGGGCCGACGUGUGCGUGAGCCCACCCCACGUCACUGGGUAUAUACAAGCCACACGGGCCUUCCUGAUCCUGGGCGCGCUGGCCACCGCCGUGUCCCUCCUGUCCCUCCUGCUCUCCGUGACCUCCUGCGUCCACAUCCCCGUGAGCACCAACCUCCUGGCCUCCAUCGCAGCCUUCACCGCCGGCAGCUGCACCCUCCUUGCCAUGGGCGUGUACACCGGCGAGUCCUGGCACAAGAACCAGGACGGGCAGAUCCAAGUGACCUUCCAAUGGUCCUUCUACCUGGGCUGGGCCGCGCUGCCCCUGCUGGCCCUGAGCGGUACCUUCGCCCUUGUGGCGCACCAGCGCCAUGUGGGAUACGAGAGGCUGUGACUGGAGCCCCAGAGAGAUGGGGGGCGGGAUGGACCCCCCGAAAGGCCUCCGCUGUCCCUUGCUGGAGCAGAGCUGGCGCCCCCUAGAGGGGAAAGGCCUCGUGCCCCAUUCCCUGCCCCAGCCAGUCCCCACCCUCUGCCGUGGGGCUGGAGGGCAGCCGGCGCCCCAGAGGCUCACGUCGGUUGUUUUAGGGUCUGUUCCUCGUUGGGCCUUUUCCUGCUUUGAAAUAAAUUGUCCCUUUGUAUCCGA